GACACAUUGAAGCGCACACGCUGUAGCGGUUUCCGGUUGCAGGAGAAACAUUGCAAAUGUGUUCUGGUGUUUACACGUUUUCAUACAAACGACAGUAAAAACCAUGGAAAUCCUUGGAGAGGAGUUUGGGGAUAUGACUCCCCAGCAGCUCGCGGCUCCUGUCAACACUAUAGAGGUAAUUAUAUUGUUGCAUUAGCACAAGAUGAGGAUGAUGGGACGAGCAGAUAAGCCGAAGUGGUGUGCAGCUUGCUAGCCACCUGCUAUGUGUUGUUUUCAUCAAUGUAGCUAACUAAUUUAGUUUUUAGCUAAGUUAGCUAGCUAGAUACUUGCCUGGAAACCCGACGUUGAAUUGCAUUGAAUUCUACGUCGGGCAGAAAUAAGCGUUUGAAUUAGGAAAGCUUCCUCUCACGACCUUUACAAUCCAGAAUUAAGUGAUAAUGCCCGAGAAGCCGGUGUUUGGAGGAUAUAUUGGCAUCAGUGUUGUUAGGCCGAGACUAAGUCGAGGGCCGGCAAACCGUGCCGAUAUAUCCUCCAAACACCGGCUUCGAGGGAAUUAUCACUUUUAUACAACGGGUUACCAACAUAUUCAAAUAAUUAUUGACAUAUUUUCAUUAACGUUAUUUUGAUGAAUUUAUAAAUACAAUUUCAUCCUUCCAGAAAUCUAGGGUUGCUACCCAAGCCGGCUGGUCGUUCGUUUUGUCAUCGGUUCGGUUGCUAGAGACGCAACCCAGUCGUUCUAAAUAUUCCAUUGUCAUACUGGCUGUCAACGUUCUUAUCCCUUGUUCGCUAACUAGCCAACUACGGCUAACUUAGUCACGUCAAAAAGUGCAGCCAGAAUAACAGCAAAGUAGCCGCAUUUGCAUUUGUUUAAGCUGUUUUCUAGUGACAUGGCAUAGAAAAUGUGCUCACUCGUCAGGACACUGUUUUUCAGAGGAGCUAGCCAACACAGCUAACACAAGCACUUCAAACUGAACCUGGAAAGACUUCCAACUAGCUGCACUUCGUUUCACCUUUUUUCAAUUGACAUUAAUUUGUAUAUAUCCAUAAAAAUGAUGCCAGCUGAUUCAUGAUUUCUACUGGCUGAGAAACGCUACCUAUCUGUCUCGUCCCGACACGUUCAUUACUAUGGGACAGCUGGAGAUGGAAUUUGAAUAUUGAAACAAAUUCGGAGAGACAGACAGCAAGGUUUAUACAAAUCUCCGCUGUUGAAAACUAAAUGUUAGUCUAAAAUAAUUGUGAUGCUUUAUAUAGUGGAGAUCAAGUUUAUAAAUUGCUUGGCUGGGCUGAUGAGACAAUGGAUUGUGCAGUCAGAUGUAACAGAGUAAAUAGGAAUUUUAAUGUAAUGGAUUAGACCCACCCUGUUGUAUAAUGUUGAUGAAAAUCAUAUGCACAGAACCAUGUAAACAUGUGCACAAGCUCUUCAUGUAUGCAUGCGUCCAGUGCAUGUAUUUUUAUCUUGUGCACAUACUUCAGUUGAUAGAAAGUUGAAUGCACUACCAGCGCGUUGAAAGUGGAUGUAAUUUCCUGUGGAUAUAUUGUCUCACAUUCCUACUGCCAAAAAGACCAACUGCACAGACAACCAUUCUAUUAAACAUUCUGGCUUGUAGAGGGCCUGAUAGGAAACUUACCUGACUCAAACGCUCAUUUCUGCCCAAUGUAGAAUUCGCAAUUCAACAUCGAGUUUCCAGGCAAGCUAGAUACUAGCCCUUGAUCAUGACUCUCAGUUCAGAUUGAGCAGCAAUGCUCAAUCUGAACAUUAACAGGCGUCGCUUGCGGUGCGGUUUUUGAAGCAUCAGGACCUUAUCUUUCAUAUCAGCAAUAAAUAAUUUUCCAAAACCAAAAGGUUAAAGUGAUACACCUUGAUAGGGUUAGUGUUCCCACACGGCCAUAUCUCCAUGUUACAGCACUUGUUCACGGAAAACAGAUGGAAGACAAGAGGUGACCACCUGUACUAAUUAGCUAUCUAGAAUGCUCUGAACACUUAUGUGUACAGUGUUGCCAAUUCCUCAGUAAGGAAAGUAGCUAUUGGCUGUCCUAAAAGUCGCUAGAAGUAGCUAGAUGACGUCAUCACCUAAUUUGCAUAAUUGGCCAUGUGCAUGUAAUUGUGAUGGACGCUGUAGGAGAGAGGAAUAAUGUCGUGGGAGAGACAAAAAGUGAGUAAAAAACACCCUACAUUUACAUCCCGCCCUGAAUGUAAGCCAGGGCGGGAUCAGCCAGUGGCGGCUUCCCGCAUGCACGAUUCAUUUGCAGUCUGGACGCGGAGGGGUUAACAUCUCCUGCUCUGACUGCAGCUGGGAGGGACUGCUGUGCGAGGACUGGGCCGCCUGUGAGUGCUUUGGGACUGGGGUGGGGCCCACGGCAGCACCCGCUGCUCAUUGAGAAGAGUAAGAACGAUACGUGCUUUCAUGUUGGUGCCCACGGGUGGGGGGGUGCCCACGGGUGGGGGGGGGGGGCACGGCAGCAGCACCUGCUGCUCGUUGAGAAGAGUAAGAACGGUACGUGCUUUCACGUCAGUCUCCAAAAGUCUCCAAUAACACCAGAAAAGGUAGCUAGGUUUGUCGCUAGUCGCUUUUUAAAAAAGGUCUGAAAACUCGCUAAAUAUAGCGACAAAGUUGCUAAGUUCGCAACACUGUGUGUAAGCGUAACCAAAGAUUAUGGAUAUACUGACAAGAUACAGUACUUGUCUUUCCACCAUACAAAUGGGAGUCGUUGUCCACAAAGCGAAACAGCGGGCUGUCUAGCUCCUGCCUAUCCUUUCUUUGGAUUGGUGGAUACAUCUAAUUAAAAAAUUAAAUAAAUAAAUAAAUAUAUAUUCGAUGAGGGUUGUUGACGUCAACCGCCUGUAUUCAAUGGAGAGAGAUGCUAUGCUACUAGCCUCAUUCCAUGAAUAUGCAUAGCUAUCUCGAGACAACUCCGAUUUAUAAAGUGUUUUUUGUCAAAGUUGCGGGGAUGUCACAUGUCCUACUUAUAUCAGUACACUCGUAACAACCUAAACAUUACGAAACUUAUAUUCAGUCAAAUAAACCUUGUCUAGCAAAUAAGCCAUUCAUUUUUUUGUUGGCCAAAUUCAACACCUUCUCAUUGACCUCCAUAGAAUAACUCCUUGCUUGGUGGGCGGUAUAACGGGGGGGGGGGAUGACGACACCACCUGCUAGAGGAGACAGAUUUUCCGCAGAGUUGGGCCGAUCUCUUUACCUCUUCCUUUCUGGUGUAACUCAGGAAGUAUAGCGGAAGUGUAGUUUCGUCGGCUGGAGGCACCCAUAGCUGUAUGGAACUAUGCAAAACUGAAAGAUGAUGGCCAUAUGUUUAAAAAGCUGUAUCGCAAGCGAUGAUUUAUUGAUGUUUUAAAACAGCGUCGGGAUUGUAGUUCACAUGAGCCAGUCGUGGGCGAAGAUAAUGGCUGAAAACUGUAGGGAGAAGGCAGAAUGCCGCCUAGCGAGCCAGCUAGAUACCAACUCCUAGCUACAUCCUGAUGUACGUUAUUAAUGAUUCUUUACUUGGAUCUCUGCAACUGCUUUUUUUUUUUUAUAGGAAAAAUGGAAACUAUUGCCAGCUUUUUUGAAGGUAAGGAAGAAAGAGUUUCAGUUUUUUAUAUUUCUUCUGUAUAGUGGAUAUACAGUGGGGGAAAAAAGUAUUUAGUCAGCCACCAAUUGUGCAAGUUCUCCCACUUAAAAAGAUGAGAGAGGCCUGUAAUUUUCAUCAUAGGUACACGUCAACUAUGACAGACAAAUUGAGAAAAAUAAAUCCUGAAAAUCACAUUGUAGGAUUUUUAAUGAAUUUAAUUGCAAAUUAUGGUGGAAAAUAAGUAUUUGGUCAAUAACAAAAGUUUCUCAAUACUUUGUUAUAUACCCUUUGUUGGCAAUGACACAGGUCAAAGGUUUUCUGUAAGUCUUCACAAGGUUUUCACUCACUGUUGCUGGUAUUUUGGCCCAUUCCUCCAUGCAGAUCUCCUCUAGAGCAGUGAUGUUUUGGGGCUGUCGCUGGGCAACACAGACUUUCAACUCCCUCCAAAGAUCUUCUAUGGGGUUGAGAUCUGGAGACUGGCUAGGCCACUCCAGGACCUUGAAAUGCUUCUUACGAAGCCACUCCUUCGUUGCCCGGGUGGUGUGUUUGGGAUCAUUGUCAUGCUGAAAGACCCAGCCACGUUUCAUCUUCAAUGCCCUUGCUGAUGGAAGGAGGUUUUCACUCAAAAUCUCACGAUACAUGGCCCCAUUCAUUCUUUCCUUUACACGGAUCAGUCGUCCUGGUCCCUUUGCAGAAAAACAGCCCCAAAGCAUGAUGUUUCCACCCCCAUGCUUCACAGUAGGUAUGGUGUUCUUUGGAUGCAACUCAGCAUUCUUUGUCCUCCAAACACGACGAGUUGAGUUUUUACCAAAAAGUUCUAUUUUGGUUUCAUCUGACAUUCUCCCAAUCCUCUUCUGGAUCAUCCAAAUGCACUCUAGCAAACUUCAGACGGACCUGGACAUGUACUGGCUUAAGCAGGGGGACACGUCUGGCACUGCAGGAUUUGAGUCCCUGGCGGCUUAGUGUUACUGAUGGUAGGCUUUGUUACUUUGGUCCCAGCUCUCUGCGGGUCAUUCACUAGGUCCCCCCGUGUGGUUCUGGGAUUUUUGCUCACCGUUCUUGUGAUCAUUUUGACCCCACGGGGUGAGAUCUUGCGUGGAGCCCCAGAUCGAGGGAGAUUAUCAAUGGUCUUGUAUGUCUUCCAUUUCCUAAUGGGAAAUGUGGUCCUCUGUAGCUCAAUUGGUAGAGCAUGGCGCUUGUAAUGCCAGGGUAGUGGGUUCGAUCCCCGGGACCACCCAUAUGUAAAAAUGUAUGCACACAUGACUGUAAGUCGCUUUGGAUAAAAGCGUCUGCUAAAUGGCAUAUUAUAUUAUUAUUUAAUAAUUGCUCCCACAGUUGAUUUCUUCAAACCAAGCUGCUUACCUAUUGCAGAUUCAGUCUUCCCAGCCUGGUGCAGGUCUACAAUUUUGUUUCUGGUGUCCUUUGACAGCUCUUUGGUCUUGGCCAUAGUGGAGUUUGGAGUGUGACUGUUUGAGGUUGUGGACAGGUGUCUUUUGUACUGAUAACAAGUUCAAACAGGUGCCAUUAAUACAGGUAACGAGUGGAGGACAGAGGAGCCUCUUAAAGAAGAAGUUACAGGUCUGUGAGAGCCAGAAAUCUUGCUUGUUUGUAGGUGACCAAAUACUUAUUUUCCACCAUACUUUGCAAAUAAAUUCAUUAAAAAUCCUACAAUGUGAUUUUCUGGAUUUUUUUUCCCUCAAUUUGUCUGUCAUAGUUGACGUGUACCUAUGAUGAAAAUUACAGGCCUAUCUCGUCUUUUUAAGUGGGAGAACUUGCACAAUUGGUGGCUGACUAAAUACUUUUUUCCCACACUGUAGCUAACAUUACAGUGAAUUCCACAUGAACCCAGAUAAUUGAUAAUUCUUUCACUUCAUUCUUCACUUUUCCUCUGUCUGUUUGCCAUCUCUAGUCCCUCUGUUAAUGAUGUCUGAUAUUUCAGGUGAAAGGUCUGGUGAAACAGCACAUUGACUCCUUCAACUACUUCAUCAAUGUGGAGGUAAAGCAACAUUUUCAUCAUUUGGGUGUAACAUAAGGAAAGGUGCAAAUAGAAAAUUAAAGAAUAGAAUGGUCACGUGGAAAAAAACAUGUCUGCAUUUUAGGCCGGGCAGAACCAGAAUCUGGCCUUACAGAAGACGUUGAUAUGUCGAAUGUCCUUUAAGCCCAGGAAGUAGCCAUUCAACUUGCCAUUCACCAGCUUUUCAAGCUUAAUGUCAAAAUAUGUUCGUUACUCACCAAAUAUGGCGUUUCGAUUAGAAACUAUAGUCAUUUUCCAAAAAAGGUCGAAAUAAAAAGUUACAUGCAACUACAUUGUAGGUGCCGCAGAGGCAUUUUUUGGUUGCAUGUAACUUUUUAUUUAGACCUUUUUUGGAAGUAGACACUGGCCGUGAUGGCAGUAAAUGACUGUAGUUGCUAAUCGAAACUCCAUAUUUGGUGAGUAACGAACGUAUUUUAACAUUAUGAAGCUUGAAAAGCUGGUGAAUGGCUGCUUCCUGGGCUUAAAGGAGAUUCGCCAUACCAAAGUCUCCUGUAAGGCCAGAUUCUGGUUCAAGGCCUACUUCCAUAUGGCAUUAUUUUGCAAGUGUAUUGUGUAGCUACCUAAGCUGUAUCUAAACUUGAACAUAUGUGUGGUUUAUUACAGAUAAAGAAGAUCAUGAAAGCAAAUGAAAAGAUCACAAGUGAUGCUGAUCCCAUGUGGUACCUAAAGUAAGCUGCGGGUCCUACUCCCUAUACAUGCCAUCCAACAACAACAAACAGCAGUGGGAAUGUGAUGCUGCUGGUCUAAGAAGGCUCUGGACCAGCAAAGUUUUGCUUACAAGGCAGACACACAAAAACCUAUACCAGAAAGUCCAGACUAUUUUUGAAGAAUAAUGUGCUUACUUAAACUCCAUGGCAGGCUACUCUAUCAUUUCUAAAACUAAAAUAACACCAGCGUCCCAUUUACAGGUACCUCAAUAUCUACGUUGGCAUGCCUGAUGUUGAAGAGAGCUUCAAUGUAACCAGACCGGUGUCUCCACACGAGGUGAAUCUAGUCUGUUGUCUGUUUCCCCUUCCUCGCAAAAAUAUCACAAACAAUUGUACAAUAGUGUCACACAGUUGAAUAGUCUCUGUGCUUACCUAGGAGGACAUUUACAAUACAUACAUAUUGGGUCUUCCUCAACCCAGAGCUGAGUCUUAGCACACUGAGAUAAAAAUGAACAUUUGCGUAUACAGCUCAUUAAAGCCGCGUUGUUUCCACCAGUGUCGUCUCAGGGACAUGACUUACUCUGCACCCAUCACAGUGGACAUCGAGUACACCCGUGGCAGUCAGAGAAUCAUCCGCAAUGCUCUGCCCAUCGGAAGGUACUGCUCUCUUCCUCUCUGCCUACCAUCUCUUUAUCACACAAUGGGGAAGGUACGAACCAGUUCUUACCUCACUGAAGUUCAGUGUUUUGGUAGUACAUGUUAGUGCAAAAUCCUAUAGAAUGUGUAUUAUUUGCACCACUCUCUCUGAGAUUGAGUACACCACAUCAGUCACUGGCUUCAUCAAUAAGUGCAUCGAUGAUGUCGUCCACACAGUGACCGUACGUACAUACCCCAACCAGAAGCCAUGGAUUACAGGAAACAGCCGCACUGAGCUAAAGGGUAGAGCUGCCGCUUUCAAGGAGCGGGACUCUAACCCGGACGCUUAUAAGAAAUCCCGCUAUGCCCUCCGACGAACCAUCAAACAGGCAAAGAGUCAAUACAGGACUAAGAUUGAAUCGUACUACACCGGCUCUGACGCUCGUUGGAUGUGGCAGGGCUUGAAAACUAUUGCAGACUACAAAGGGAAGCACAGCCACGAGCUUCCCAGUGACACAAGCCUACCAGACGAGCUAAACCACUUUGAUGCUCGCUUCGAGGCAAGCAACACUGAAGCAUGCAUGAGAGCACCAGCUGUUCCGGAUGACUAUGUGAUCACGCUCCCCGUAGCCGAUGCGAGUAAGACUUUUAAGCAGGUCAACAUUCACAAGGCCGCAGGGCAAGACGGAUUACCAGGACGUGUACUCCGAGCAUGUGCUGACCAACUGGCAAGUGUCUUCACUGACAUUUUCAACAUGUCCCUGACUGAGUCUGUAAUACCAACAUGUUUCAAGCAGACCACCAUAGUCCCCGUGCCCAAGGACACCCUGCCUAAAUGACUACCGACCCGUAGCACUGACGUCUGUAGCCAUGAAGUGCUUUGAAAGGCUGGUCAUGGCUCACAUCAACACCAUUAUCCCAGAAACCCUAGACCCACUCCAAUUUGCAUACCGCCCCAACAGAUCCACAGAUGAUGCAAUCUCUAUUGCACUCCACACUGCCCUUUCCCACCUGGACAAGAGGAACACCUACGUGAGAAUGCUAUUCAUUGACUACAGCUCAGCAUUCAACACCAUAGUGCCCUCAAAGCUCAUCACUAAGCUAAGGAUCCUGGGACUAAACACCUCCCUCUGCAACUGGAUCCUGGACUUCCUGAUGGGCCGCCCCCAGGUGGUAAGGGUAGGUAACAACACAUCUGCCACACUGAUCCUCAACACGGGGGCCCCUCAGGGGUGCGUGCUCAGUCCCCUCCUGUACUCCCUGUUCACCCAUGACUGCAUGGCCAGGCACGACUCCAACACCAUCAUUAAGUUUGCAGACGACACAACAGUGGUAGGCCUGAUCACCGACAACGAUGAGACAGCCUAUAGGGAGGAGGUCAGAGACCUGGCCGUGUGGUGCCAGGAUAACAACCUCUCCCUCAACGUGACCAAGACAAAGGAGAUGAUUGUGGACUACAGGAAAAAAAAGAGGACUGAGCACGCCCCCAUUCUCAUCGACGGGGCUGUAGUGGAACAGGUAGAGAGCUCCAAGUUCCUUGGUGUCCACAUCACCAACAAACUAUCAUGGUCCAAACACACCAAGACAGUCGUGAAGAGGGCACGACAAAGCCUAUUCCCCCUCAGGAGACUGAAAAGAUUCGGCAUGGGUCCUCAGAUCCUCAAAUUCUACAGCUGCACCAUCGAGAGCAUCCUGACUGGUUGCAUCACCGCCUUGUAUGGCAACUGCUUGACCUCCGACCGCAAGGCACUACAGAGGGUAGUGCGUACGGCCCAGUACAUCACUGGGGCCAAGCUUCCUGCCAUCCAGGACCUCUACACCAGGCGGUGUCAGAGGAAGGCCCUCAAAAUUGUCAAAGACUCCAGCCACCCUAGUCAUAGACUGUUCUCUCUGCUACCGCACUGCAAGCGGUACCGGAGUGCCAAGUCUAGGUCCAAAAGACUUCUCAACAGCUUCUACCCCCAAGCCAUAAGACUCCUGAACAGCUAAUCAUGGCUACCCGGACUAUUUGCACUGCCCCCCUGUAUAUAUAGCCUCCCUACUGUUAUUUUACUUCUGCUCUUUUUUUUCUCAACACUUUUUUGUUUUAUUUUACUUUUUUAUUAAAAAUAAAUGCACUGUUGGUUAAGGGCUGUAAGUAAGCAUUUCACUGUAAUGUCUGCACCUGUUGUAUUCGGCGCAUGUGGCCAAUAAAAUUUGAUUUGGUUUGAUUGUCCUAACGGUGUGUUGAACUAUAUUCUACCCAGGAUGCCCAUAAUGCUGCGCAGCUCUAACUGUGUCCUCACGGGGAAGACAUCCAUGGAGUACUCCAAACUCAACGAGUGCCCUCUGGACCCAGGUAAGCAACACCUAGCUGAACACCUUUUACAUGGGGGCCACUCUUCUCCUGGAGGACCGCCUGCAGUAUGUGCAGACUUGUUCCAGCCCAGCACUGAUUCAAGUAAUCAACUAGUGACGAUUUUCAAUUUAGACCACAUUAGUCUAACCAGGUGUGUUAGAGCUGGGGUAGAUCAAAAACAUGCACACACGGUGGCCUUGUAGGACCAGAAUUUCCCAUCCCUAGAAUGACAGCAGUAUUGCAGUAGUGCCGAGUAUCAGAAUGCAUAGGUGUGUGUGAAUUUGUGUCCUUGUCUAUACAUCCACAGGGGGCUAUUUCAUUGUCAAAGGUCAGGAGAAGGUCAUUCUGAUCCAGGAGCAGCUGUCAAAGAACCGCAUCAUCGUGGAGCAGGACAGGAAGGGAGCAGUGGGAGCCUCUGUGACCAGGUGAUGUCACUCAUAUCUAGAAUGACUCCACCAGAUUGUUAGCCUCCCUACUUAGGCUGCAGUUUGGUGGAAACGCUUUGCUCCUGUUUAUAUUUUCAUACCUACUUUCUUGCAGGAUUGAUGCAGUUUAUGAAUGUCAUGUAUUGCUUACUGGAGUGCUUUAUCAUUGUAAGACUGUAUCCACUUUACCCAACCCUCAGUUCACUAACCACCACUCUCCACUCAAACUGCUUUGUCAUGUUGUUACAGUUCUACCCAUGAGAAGAAGAGCAGGACCAAUAUGAUCGUUAAGCAGGGACGCUUCUACCUGAGACACAACGCACUGUCAGAGGACGCCCCCAUUGCCAUUAUAUUCAAGGUAAAAGUGUCACAAGUCCACAUGGUGGCGCUGUCUCACUACAGAAUACGAAUACGGUCUACAGAAUACAGAUAAUGCCAGGCUCUGGCAGCAUUGUUGUUCAAUGUGUUGGUAGUGCAACGCACUUGUGCUACCAAUUAAGAGCUAAUCUAACAUAAAAUUAGCUAAUCUAAUAUCAAAAUCACAGUUUAUGAACAUGCUGCAUCCAUUAGCUCAAUGUAACGAUUGCUUCUAAUUUGAGUUCAAAAUUAGAUUUGCUUAAUUGAAGCAACAGCAGAACACAACAUUUAACUGAAAUAAUGUUUGUGUGAUAAAAUCUUGUUUCAAAGUCAUAAACAUGUCCCUCUACUUUCAAUGAGUUGUCUCAGCUUUCAGUCUUCCUCUACUGUUAGAAAUUUUAACAUCUGUCACUCAAUAAGGUCCAUAUCUGUGACACCAGAUUCAAAUGGCUCUAUUAACCUGUUGGCAGCAGUAGCAUCACUGAUUUCCCCCCUUGGCCAGCCCUCUCCAAACAUGUCCAAUGUGGCAGUGUAGCAUUUUGAGAUGGUCUUUUCACCAGUGUGGCGUGUUGGCCUGAUGGUUUGUUUCCUCCGCCCUCAUGCAUCCUUGGUGAAUUCCUCCUGUCCCUCAUCGCGUUCUGCAACGCUGCCAACCAGCAUGGCCCCGUGCUAGCCAGUCCCAAUCCCACAGCUCCUCUUUAGCAUAAGCAAAUGUCAGAGAACCUUGUGACUUCUGCCUCACAUCUUCACGUGUCUGUACUUCUCCCUUUAUCUCCUCCAUCUUCCACUGUGUUCACCCCCACAACCCCUUCCUCUACCCACUCCCUCACACCUCCAUCUUCCAGCCACUCUUUUCUUCUCCCAUCCUCUUUCUCACAUCACAUCCUUUAUACCUCUUUCUCCUCCACUUCAUCAUCCAUUCACUUGUACCUCUCCACCAUAUGUCCUUCUUCAAAUUCCCCCACCCCUCCAUACUUCCCUGAUACCUCCGUCAUCUACCUCAAUCCUCCCCCUUAACCUCCACCUGCUCUUCUCCUCUAUUCUGCCCUUAUACCUUCCCUCCAUCCCCUCCCUCCCAUAUGUCAUCUCCUUUAUACCAAACCCUCUGAUAAUGUGUUUCUGUACCUCAACCCCCUCCAUCCCCUCCUCACACAGGCUAUGGGUGUGGAGAGUGACCAGGAGAUAGUGCAGAUGAUUGGGACAGAGGAGCACGUCAUGGCUAACUUCUCCCCCAGCCUGGAAGAGUGCCAGAAAGCCCAGAUCUUCACUGAGAUACAGGUACAUGGUUCCCUCUCUCUGCCUUCUCUGGAAUCUGCUGCGGUCUGGUGAACCUAUGUCAGAGGCACUUUCUGAAUGACACUGGCCUGGGAGGUACAGGUGAUACAUGUCGCUUAAGUUGUUAGCAUGUUGUCAUGCCCAAACGAACUCAGCAAAACUUUAAAUCAAGUCUUUAGUUACACAAUCCCCUUUUCAAGUUACUUUGAGAUGAUUUUGGAAUGAAUUACAAGAUUGGCAUUGUCAUUUGGGGCAGCGUCGUCCAGCGUCGUUCAGGGUAGGGGAGGGAAUGGCCGGCAGGGAUGUAGCUCAGUUGGUAGAGCAUGGCGUUUGCAACGCCAGGGUUGUGGGUUCGAUUCCCACGGGGGGCCAGUAUGAAAAAUAAAUAAAUAAAUAAUGUAUGCACUCGCUAACUGUAAGUCGCUCUGGAUAAGAGCGUCUGCUAAAUGACUCAAAUGUAAAUGUAAAGUACAUAAACCCAAAUCAUGAAUUGCAGUCUCUCCUUUGUCCAUAGACUGCUUUCAAAGCAAGGAAAAGUAAUUGAGUUAUUUGGGUGAACUAUCUCUGACAACCAGUGAACACUUGGCGUUAGUAGGCCCUUUCUUCCUGACCAUUUGACCUGAUUAUAUCCUCUUAUAUUGUCUGAGGAGUCUCAAAAACCCAGAGUUUAACCGCUCUCAAUAGAAUGUAUUCUAACAAGAGGAGAUGUCUUGAGUUUGGGACACAGCCUUUGUAAUGCCUAGCAAUUAAAGAAUAUUCCUCCUCAAGUCAUUACUUAAUAGGCCAACAUGUCCUCUUUGACAUGUUGAUGAAUGCAAUGGACCAAUUUGUCUGAAUUAAGACCCUUGUUUAGCAGGAGGAACCAGCAAUGCGUUGACAGGGGCCAUAUUAGCAUCCUAGCAACGGCCGUUGGACAAGCUUUGAAUGCAUAUUUUUCAUGCCUUUUCAGUGUUCUCAUUAUACCUUUUGAUGUGCAAUACGUCAAGCUAAGCCUCAGUAGACCAUAAAAAUAGAUAGUAGUCCAGGGGUGGGCAUUGAGAUUUCAAAUUUUAAGAGAGCCGCUCAGAUAAAAUAAAAGGAAUUUCCCGUGUUUUUACAUUUACUGUAAUAAAUAGACUAUUGUCUGUUCUGAGUGAUUGCCUUUGCCAUUAUGGUAGCAUAAUACACAGGUCAGGAUGGCAUGGUUGACUCUUCACUGGUGUCCUCAGUAGCCAAUAGUUAUAGCCUGCAGGGUGGGUGGUCUGGAGGAUGCGCUCAGUCUCACUGACCUCUGACCUUCUCUCUAGAGCAUGACACAGAAGAUCGCUGACUCGUGUGUGUGUGUGUGUUGGGGCAUAAGGGCUGACUCAUAUCCGGUUGUGGCUUUUGUGAGUCACUUGACCCGCUACAACUCUGAUCCCUCAGAAUGUUCAUUUGGGUCCUUCUUUUCUUUUCGAGACAAUGAACGUGCAUCUCACAUUUUCAUCACUUCAGAAUUACUUCUCCAGUACUUUUCAAGUUUGUCUCUGUCAUCUGAGAUACAGGUUGCCUGUUUUUUGUUUUUUUAUUGCAGUGCAGUUUCAGAUGUUGUAUUCUCAUAUACCGCUGUGUGUUCCCUAGGCUCUGAAAUACAUUGGGAAUAAGGUGCGGAGACAGCGCAUGUGGGGAGGGCCCAAGAAGACCAAGAUGGAGGAGGCCAGAGAGCUGUUGGCUUCCCUCAUCCUCACUCAUGUACCUGUAAGUGCUGUCAGAUUGACCAGACCAAAAAACUGCUUUAUACACACCUCUCCGGCCCAGUGUGGCAUGGGAUUUACUAUGGAUCUAUCAGUAGUAUCACUGAGACAGGUGUUGGUAGGGUUAAAGCACUGUGCUCACCAUACCAUAAGAUUAUUUAGUUUUGUCACCUGUACCCUUAUCUAUUCUUUAUUAAUAUGGCUAUGAGUGGGCACAUUUGUAAGGUACACACUUGUGUUAACAUAGAACCCGUUCCAUUUAAUUUAGCAAGUUCAAAUUCCAAUUUUCUUAAAUUCUCUGAGAAGAAACUGCAAUUUCAAUUUACUCCCUGAACUGACUUAGAAAUGGGAUUGACCCAAACCCUGUCCUCUAUUCCACCUCCAGGUGAAGGAGUUUAACUUCCGGGCCAAGUGUAUCUACCUAGCGGUGAUGGUGCGCAGGGUGAUCCUAGCCCAAGGAGAGAACAAGGUGGACGACAGAGACUACUAUGGCAACAAGCGUCUGGAGUUGGCUGGACAGGUGAAUGAAUACGCCUCGGUCUUCUGUCUCCUCUACUGUAGCGCUCCACCUGAAGCACCAGUGUCUGUUCGUCUUUAUCCUAAUAUAACCUCUGUCCUCCUGACCCCUUACGGUACAUUGAAUGUCCCAUGGAAUAAUCAAAAGUAUGCUAAAUAUAACUCCUGCGCCCCUCUGAGUGUGAUUUAGUUUACACCCUCCGUUAGUAGACUCCAGCACUGUUCUAUGGUGACUUACUCUAUCACAUCGGGAGGCGCAGAGUUACCUGAGUACAUUUGCCUCCUGUACAAACUUCCUUUACCACAUUUGCCGCCUGUACAGACUUCCUUUACCACAUUUGCCUCCUGUACAGACUUCCUUUGCCACAUUUGCCUCCUGUACAGACUUCCUUUACCACAUUUGCCUCCUGUACAGACUUCCUUUGCCUCCUGUACAGACUUCCUCCAGCACAGUGACGUACAGUAUGCAGCUCCACAGUCAGCAGGGCCUUCUCUGGGUCUGUCUACACAGUAGGACUCCCUCACGCUGCUCUGUAAUUUAAAUGAAAGAUGAGUUGCAGCAUUUAAUACUAAUGGAUUAAAGGGUAGGUUGUGUGACAGUGCUGUACAGUUGCCCAGCAGCGCGAGCCUCCCUCUUUUGCGCGAGUGAAGUGAGUACGGAAAAACUGAAACUAUGCAUCUUAGACAUAGUUUUUGUAUAAGAACUUUGUCCAAACUCAGAAAUAAAUAGCCUUUCCAUCGCUGUGGUAGAAAGUUUAUUUUGAUUUGCGAUUUUCUACUAUUAUCAAAGUCCCAUCAGUAGCCUGAUUUCAGAUGUCCAUGUAAAAACAGGAUUAUUAGGGAAUUCUUUCUUCUUGCAAAGCAUGUAAACAUUUUAAUCGAACUAUUAUAUUAAUCUGAGUAUUGACUAAUCAUAUUGUGUGCAUGUACAGUGAGGGAAAAAAGUAUUUGAUCCCCUGCUGAUUUUGUACGUUUGCCCACUGACAAAGAAAUGAUCAGUCUAUAAUUUUAAUGGUAGGUUUAUUUGAACAGUGAGAGACAGAAUAACAACAACAAAAAUCCAGAAAAACGCAUGUCAAAAAUGUUAUAAAUUGAUUUGCAUUUUAAUGAGGGAAAUAAGUAUUUGACCCCCUCUCAAUCAGAAAGAUUUCUGGUUCCCAGGUGUCUUUUAUACAGGUAACGAGCUGAGAUUAGGAGCACACUCUUAAAGGGAGUGCUCCUAAUCUCAGCUUGUUACCUGUAUAAAAGACACCUGUCCACAGAAGCAAUCAAUCAAUCAGAUUCCAAACUCUCCACCAUGGCCAAGACCAAAGAGCUCUCCAAGGAUGUUAGGGACAAGAUUGUAGACCUACACAAGGCUGGAAUGGGCUACAAGACCAUCGCCAAGCAGCUUGGUGAGAAGGUGACAACAGUUGGUGCGAUUAUUCGCAAAUGGAAGAAACACAAAAGAACUGUCAAUCUCCCUCUGCCUGGGGCUUCAUGCAAGAUCUCACCUCGUGGAGUUGCAAUGAUCAUGAGAACGGUGAGGAAUCAGCCCAGAACUACACGGGAGGAUCUUGUCAAUGAUCUCAAGGCAGCUGGGACCAUAGUCACCAAGAAAACAAUUGGUAACACACUACGCUGUGAAGGACUGAAAUCCUGCAGCGCCCGCAAGGUCCCCCUGCUCAAGAAAGCACAUAUACAUGCCCGUCUGAAGUUUGCCAAUGAACAUCUGAAUGAUUCAGAGGAGAACUGGGUGAAAGUGUUGUGGUCAGAUGAGACCAAAAUGGAGCUCUUUGGCAUCAACUCAACUCGCUGUGUUUGGAGGAGGAGGAAUGCUGCCUAUGACCCCAAGAACACCAUCCCCACCGUCAAACAUGGAGGUGGAAACAUUAUGCUUUGAGGGUGUUUUUAUGUUAAGGGGACAGGACAACUUCACUGCAUCAAAGGGACAAUGGACGGGGCCAUGUACCGUCAAAUCUUUGGUGAGAACCUCCUUCCCUCAUUCAGGUCAUUGUAAAUGGGUCGUGGAUGGGUAUUCCAGCAUGACAAUGACCCAAAACACACGGCCAAGGCAACAAAGGAGUGGCUCAAGAUGAAGCACAUUAAGGUCCUGGUGUGGCCUAGCCAGUCUCCAGACCUUAAUCCCAUAGAAAAUCUGUGGAGGGAGCUGAAGGUUUGAGUUGCCAAACGUCAGCCUCGAAACCUUAAUGACUUGGAGAAGAUCUGCAAAGAGGAGUGGAACAAAAUCCCUCCUGAGAUGUGUGCAAACCUGGUGGCCAAUUACAAGAAACGUCUGACCUCUGAUUGCCAACAAGGGUUUUGCCACCAAGUACUAAGUCAUGUUUUGCAGAGGGGUCAAAUACCUAUUUCCCUCAUUAAAAUGCAGAUCAAUUUAUAACAUUUUUGACAUGCAUUUUUCUGGAUUUUGUUGUUAUUCUGUCUCUCACUGUUCAAAUAAACCUACCAUUAAAAUUGUGGACUGAUCAUGUCUUUGUCAGUGGGCAAACUUACAAAAUCAGCAGGGGAUCAAAUACUUUUUUCCCUCACUGUAACCGUACUGUGUCCAGAGUCACUUCAUCCCAUAGAGGUUUUAAUCCUCUCUUCCUCCCCAGUCAAAACUAUUGUCUCUAUACGCAGUGCUUCGUACUUCUCUGAGAACUGAUCCCAGGCCUGUGCUAGUGGAUACAGACUCUACAACAGCCUUCCCGUGCUCUGAUCUUUCACCUGCGUCUUUGUCACCCCUCUCCCUCUAUUAAUACCUUCAUUAUUUUCCUCCCGCUUUGUUGUUGCCUGUUUUGUUUUCCUCAUCCCUGCCUGCCUCACUCUGUAUUCCUCGGCUGGCAUGGUCAGGGGGGAGAGAUACGCAGCAGCAGCACCCAAAUCCCAGGGCCGGGGUAGCGGAGGCAUUUUCCCGAGCCUUGACAAAAGAAUGGCCGCCUUGACUGGAGCGAUUUAGCUAAUCCUGCAGGCCCCGGCUCUGAUAAUGUAAUUACGGCUGUCUUAAGGCCUUUAAUUUCCCCCCACCCGACCUGCUCUGGCUGAGGAGUGGAGGCGAGGUGGGGGUGGAAGGGGCCGCAGGGCCUCCUUUCAAUAGGGGGCUUAUGUACUCACAAUGCCCAGCAAUCUCUCCUCUCUCCAAUUAUGAUUCCCUGACAUUCAGCUAAUUGGCCCGGCUGUGCGACUGAAGCUUUAUUUCUUUAUUAUUAAUUUUGCCAGCGCUGCUUGUUUGUUUUGAUGUAUGCAAAUGUGUUGAGAGCGAGUGAGAGAGGUGCCCCACUAAAGGCCUUACUGAGGAGAGGAGAGAGACCUGGGAGAGAGGCCAUGUCAGGCUUAUCUCAGGGUUGGCACACCUGGUUAUUAAAUCUGUCUCCCAGGACCUGGUCGUUGUCUCUGAGCUGAUAAUAGAGAGGAACAGCUGGCAGCAGAAGCCAGGAGAACAGAGGGUUUGCCUUGCCUGUGACUCCAGGGGAUACUACUAUCUCUCUGAGUAUUGUUGUUUCACAUCUAUUUAGUUGCAACAGAGACUCUCCACUGUAGCUUCCACUGUUGAGAUUUGAUGUUUCCACUGUGUCAGUUUUGCCUUGCAGAUCAUAGUGACUCUGAUUAUUAUGGACAGGGAGGACCUGAUCUUAGAUCAGCACUCCUACUCUGAGACACUUAAUACAUAUGGUUCUGACUGUACUACUAACACUCUCUCUCCCCCUCUGGCUAGCUGCUGUCUCUGCUGUUUGAGGAUCUCUUUAAGAAGUUCAACUCCGAGCUGAAGAAGAUCUCAGACCAGAUCAUCCCCAAGCAGCGGGCAGCCCAGUUCGACAUUGUCAAACACAUGCGCCAGGAUCAGAUCACCAACGGCAUGGUCAACGCCAUCUCCACAGUGAGUGCUGCUCUCCGCCCCUGUAUCAAGCUCUGGUCCCUUAAUGCCAGACAGUGCAUGUGAUAUCCGUACAGAUUGACAUAUGGCAGAAGGGGAUUCGGAGUUGUCAGGUUUUUUUCCCGUCCAGUUUUGAAUGUAAUGUUGUUUCUGAGGUUGGUCUUCCAUUCUUUCAUUUUUCUAAACAUCAUGAAGAUAUAGUUUGUCAUAGCUGAUCCCACAGUGUUUUGCAGUUAGAGACAUAAAUCAAUCAAUAUAAAGUGUUUAUUUUUAAAGCCAUUUUAACAUCAGCAGUGUUGUCACUGCUUGGAACCAUAAAUAUGUUGAUGGUUCCAAGCAGUUGACCUGUCCUCUCUGUGCCCCCAGGGGAACUGGUCCCUGAAGAGGUUUAAGAUGGACCGUCAGGGCGUGACCCAGGUGCUGUCCCGUCUCUCCUUCAUCUCGGCUCUGGGCAUGAUGACCAGGAUCUCCUCCCAGUUUGAGAAGACCAGGAAGGUCAGCGGACCCCGCUCCCUACAGCCCUCCCAGUGGGGCAUGCUGUGCCCCUCCGACACCCCGGAGGGAGAGGUGAGUCAGAGAGGGAUAAACACACACACAGUCACACACGUACACAUUGGCAUGCACACACACCAUGGCCCCCAUGACCUCAACACACACACUCUCGUGCAAACACUCCUACUGUGUGAAAACUAACAUGUCUGAAUUUUGAACUGCAGCUCACAAAGUGCUGUGGACAAUCCUAAUGUCAGUUCUAGGUAGUGUUGCCUUGGCCUGUGUAUAACAGCUUCUGACCAGUGGUUGUGUUGUGUCCUAGGCCUGUGGUCUGGUGAAGAACCUGGCCCUGAUGACCCACAUCACCACAGACAUGGAGGACGGCCCCAUCGUCAAGCUGGCCUUCAACCUAGGAGUGGAGGACGUCAACCUGCUGUGUGGAGAGGAGCUCUCCUACCCCAGUGUCUUCCUGGUCUUCCUCAAUGGUGACUGCACGCGCACACACACACACACACAGUUGCGCAUGCACGCGCACAUGCGCGUACACGUAAGAGCUUGAUACAUAUAACCAGUAGUAGGCUCUCAAGCCAGGAUGGUUGUUGCUGUUGGGUUUUCCCUUUUUUGAUUACUUAAAUCUUAAACCUUCCUCUCUUUUUCAAUACAAUGCCUCAAACAUGACGGGAAAGAACAUGGAAUGUCCAGUUUACAGAAAGCACAUGUUGUGCUUUAUACAGUGUGUCUGAAAAGCUAUUCAUAUAGUGCUACUAGUGCGCCAUGAGAAAGUCUGGACUGGGUCCAUUAAUAAGUGUAUUUUGUUUUUCAAGCCAAUGAUAACUGUCAAAUUAUGUUGACUGACUGUCACCAAGCUUUAUUAAUUAGUAACAGCAGGUGUCAAAGCGCCACAGAACGUGCGCAAAUCCUUCCAUACUGUGGCUCCUCCAUUUCUUCAAGUUCAAUAUUAUGCCCAGAACCCCUGCUGGAGUCUGGCUCUGCACACUGUGGGAAAUAUACCGUGGCUAGCUCCAAGUCCUGUAUUAUUCAUUAUUUCUUUGUGUGGGUGUGUUCAUCUGUAGUCCAGGGGGGACUGCAGAGGAAAAUGUGCCGGCUGGUUAAAUCUGACGCAUUUAGAGAAAUGUUGAUCAUUGCAUUGUCUCUGUCAAAUAUCCCCUAAAUAAAGUAAAGUCAGUAAUUAUUUAGUGUAAGGAGCUCUGUGCCUUAAAGUUGGUUUCUCUGGGUCUGUCCACAGGUAACAUCCUGGGGGUGAUCCGGGACCACCAAAGGCUGGUGUACACCUUCAGACUGAUGCGACGGGCCGGAUUUAUCAACGAGUUUGUGUCCAUCUCCACCAACCUAACCGACCGCUGUGUCUACAUCUCCUCAGACGGAGGACGCCUCUGCAGGUAGGGGGCACCAGGGAGGACAUGACACCCCACCGCUGUCUAUGCAUGGAGCAAAGUUCUAACACAGCCCGAGUUCAGCACUGAAACAGUUUUAACAUAUUAUUUGAAGGUUUAUAAGUGAAAAUGUGCAAGCUAGUUCAGGCUGCGCCUCACUUCAUCUUUCUCUUGUACCCCCCUUCAACUCAUUUUUAAACUGGUGCUCUUGCUCCUGCCAGACCGUACAUCAUUGUGAAGAAAGGACAGCCGAUGGUCAAGAACAAACACAUCGAGGAGUUGACCCAGGGAUACAGGUGGGCUCCAUUUCAUCAUCUCAUACAGCUAAUGUUAUUCAAUACAAAGAAACUAGCAUCAUCUACCAGCUUGUAUAUGAUGGGAUUUUAAGCUCAGCCAAGUUUACUUUCUAGGGGGGCAAAAUGUUUACAUUAGUGGUGGAAGUUGUGGACUUUUGAAAUGCUAAUCUGUUUUGUUGCUGUCAGAACCUUUGAGGAUUUCCUCCAUGAGAGCCUAGUGGAGUACCUGGAUGUCAACGAGGAGAAUGACUGUCAGAUCGCCCUCUAUGAGCACAUGAUUAAUAAGUGAGUAACUUCUGGCCAUGGCUCUAUACUGUCUGAAACGUUAGGCCCCUCUGGUCUAGUUAUUUUCUAUGUUUUCAUAUGUACUCAAUAUUCUCUGCUGUAAUUCUUAUCAGUCCCAAUGCUCUUGUUUUGUACGUAGGGACACUACUCACUUGGAGAUUGAGCCCUUCACACUACUAGGGGUCUGUGCUGGCCUGAUCCCCUACCCACAUCACAACCAGUCCCCCAGGAACACAUACCAGUGUGCUAUGGGCAAGCAGGCCAUGGGUAAGACACCUCUCCAGUUCUACAGACCCCCUGUCGCUGGUUCCUCUGCUUCGGUCUGUAGAGGAUGGCUGUUUUUAAGCUGCACCUUUGAUCAGGCAUCAGUACUCAUCAAACAUCCUCCACAGGAGCAGUGUGUACCGAUGUGAACACACACAUAUUUCUUGUCAGAAUGCAUUUUGUGUGUGUGUGAUGGAGUGUUUUUGUAUAUGCACAUGGACAUCAAACAUGAGGUGCCUGCGUAGGCCCUCCUUUGUGUCCUGUGUGUGCGGAGGCCUUUCCAUGCUAGUCACCCAGUGUCAUUAGCAAUUCAUUGUGUCUGCUGUUCGCUGUGUUCAGGGGGUCAGUGUGCUCAGCUGCGAGGGAGAGACCACAGAGUGCACACCCAGGAGCUCCCUGAUAACCAAAACUUCUCCAAACGACACCACUAGUAUUCGCAAGAGCCCAGUCACCCCCAUCCCCCUCCCUCCAUUCACCCCCUCCUUCUCCCUCCCCCAUCUUUACAAAAAAACACUGCAACUGGGACUAUAUUUGGCCCAAUAUCCUCUGCCGUCUCUGUUUUGUGUGGCUAGGCCUAUACAUGUGCAAAUAUGUCUGUGUGACCGGGGCCCUAUUAUCACAGGGGUCUGUUGCUUGUAGCCUAAUUGUGAAGUAAUAGCAUCUGACAAAUGUCAAGGCCUCCAGGGAGGCCAGCCAUUAUUCCAUGCCCUGGCCAGCUCCUCUCCACUGUGUUUGUACCAGGGAUCUGGCCCUGGCUCAACCCCGGCCUCUGGAGAAGCAGGAUUAAAAACUACUUGUCCACUUUCAGAAUACUCUCUUAUGUGAUACACUGUUUGGUUAAGGCGCUCAAGCGCUAACAAUGGAAUAAAUCUGGGAUUUAAAUGUUUGUUUCCUUAAAUUGAACAUUAGUAAUUACUUUAGCUUUUUCUUUGCUCUUAAGAUGCACUGAAUGAGUUUUAAAUGAUUUUUCUCAGACGAUUGAGUAAUAAAAUAUUUUACGUUUUGAAGAAUAACGUAAAAGAAUUAAAAAAAGCCCAUUGUAGUAAUUUAAUUUCCAUUGUUUCUCCUGUCAGGUACGAUUGGCUACAACCAGAGGAACCGUAUAGACACUCUGAUGUACCUGCUGGGCUACCCUCAGAAGCCCAUGGUGAAGACUAGGACCAUAGAGCUGAUAGACUUUGAGAAGCUGCCUGCGGGCCAGAACGCCACAGUGGCUGUGAUGAGCUACAGCGGCUACGACAUAGAGGACGCUCUGAUCCUCAACAAGGCCUCUCUAGACAGAGGUUAGUUACUGAUCUACAUUAAUCUAUGUCUAUGGGCUAAGAAGGAAAAUGGAGAAAAAAUAGCAAUAUACUCUGUCAAUACAAUGUAAAGUGUUUAAAUUACAAAUAUCACUAACUUCUUGGCUGAUGCCCUCUCCCGGCUGAUGCCCUCUUCUGAACAUGAUCACUGAUGGAUUUUAGAUGUAGUGCUCUUGUUACUGUACUGAAAUACAAAGAGUUCACUGUGACUUCUGGUACAAAUAGUUAUUUGCGAUCCUGAACUCUGACCCUCAUUUUCCAGGAUUCGGAAGGUGCCUGGUCUACAAGAACGCCAAGUGCACGUUGAGGCGCUACACCAACCAGACCUUUGACAAGGUGAUGGGUCCCAUGCUGGACGCGGCCACACGCAAGCCCAUCUGGAGGCACAGUAUCCUGGACGCCGACGGCAUCUGCUGCCCUGGUGAGUAACACCCUCCAGCAGGACUACUGGAGAAGCAACCAACGGGCUAUGUUACUCGAGAAUCUCACUGUCACCCAUUUUUAUUAUUACAACCAGUUGGUGACAUCCUUCUCUCCAUAUGGAAACGUGUUGAAGGAUGUAUUUGUGUUUUAUGUAUAAAGUAACCUAAAAAAUGUGUGAUAUGUCUUUGAUUUUACAUUCAUGCAUACAGAAUAAGCAAAUAUGGAAUUAAUGUGGGAGAUUCAUCAGUAUCGUGUUUGUCUGUGCGCAUGUGUGUGUCUCCCAGGUGAGAAGGUGGAGAAUAAGCAGGUGCUGGUGAACAAGUCCAUGCCCACUGUCACCCAGACACCACUGGAGGGCAGUGCCCAGCCAGGACAGCCCCAGUACAGAGACGUGCCCAUCAGGUGGGUGUGCCUGCCUUCUCCCCUCACCACUCAUACACCCCUGCUUGCCCCCCGACACCACUCAGAGUAACAAUAUCCUAAACCCCCUGAACUAUUAAUAUAACGUUCGUUCCUCAUCUACUAUCUAGGGCUGUGACGAUACCAGUAUCGCAAUAUUUCUUUCCAUGGCAAAAAUUUAAACAUUAAGUAGACUUUACUCUUUGGUCCUUUUAAAAACCUGCUGUUUCCAACAUUAGGGAUGUCUUCCUAAAGAAGUUAAAUCCGCUUCAUGUUUUGUUUCCUUGGCACGAUACUAAUGAGUACCGUGAUACUUGUAUCGUCCCUGCCCUACUACCAUCUCUUCUGACAUUUGAGCAAAAUACUUAGUUUCCCCCAUAUGACGGCUAACAACCCAGUCCUUUCAGGUCCGUCCUUCACCUAUUCAGCCUUGUCAGAUCAGGUCAGCUGAUGCCUGUGUUCUCCUGUCUACAGUUACAAGGGCUCCACAGACUCAUACAUUGAAAAGGUGAUGAUCUCCUCCAACGCAGACGAUGCUUUCCUCAUCAAGAUCCUGCUGAGACAGACCAGGAGACCAGAGAUAGGAGACAAGUUCAGCAGUCGGCACGGACAGAAAGGUAUAACUGACCCUCCCUGUUCUGCGCUCUUAGGGCCAUUUACAUUUUAGUCAUUUAGCAGACGCUCUUAUCCAGUGCGACUUAGUUGGUACAUUUCAUUUUAAUGUCGCUAGGUGGGACAAGCCAUAGUCAUAUGGUACUCAUGGGGGGGGGGGGGGGAGCAAGGCCUGAGGCGGCUGCAUGAACUCUGACACUAGAGGACAUACACAUGUAAUAUUACACAUCGUUUACAAACUGAAGUGGGACAUUCCUUUGCAACAUUCCGUGUUGCAAAGCAGAGCCCCUCGUCUUUAGAGGGGCUCUGCUUUUCAAGUAAUUGGCUUUUUGUACUGCGCCAGACUAUGCAAAUAUAUUAGACCCUAGCAGUACACUGCUGCUCCUGGGAAAAGUGUUUACAACCACCAUUGUUUUGCCGCUGCACCUCCCUCUAGAUGAGAGACCUGUAUGAUGUUUUAAUCAGAAAGCUAACUGGCACCAUGCAUAAUUUACUCACUUCAUUAAAGGGGUCGCUGCUGGGGCUGGCCGGUCAGUAUAGUCAAGGGACAAUGUCCACUGUCUCUUACUGGAGGAGUGAGGGGUCGCCAAGGGGUUAGGCCUAGCAGGACAGGGGCGAUGCUAGAUCUGGGAAAAGGAUGGAGUGAAAAACCGGUAGUGGUAGCACUGUACUGUAGCAGUGGUGGAAUGUUUUGGGUUGUUUGGCGUUAUUGCACUGGAGUUAUCUGGGGCUGAAGAUGAGAUGUCGUUUUUACAGCCAUCCUCAGGAGGGUUAUGUACUGACUAUACUGUUGGGAUGGCAUUAGCGUUAUAAAUUACUUAUUUAUUGAUACAUAUGUAUUUGUUAAAUGUAUAUUGAAUUACCCUUUGAGUGAUUUGUUAAAAAGCAAUUCUGUACUAGUUUUUAUGUUUUGUUUAGCUGGAUUAUUAAAGACAUGCUCUGGAACUUUGGCAACUAAGUAUUUUUUUAUUGACACAUCCCGCUUUGGGCUGGAUGUGUCAAUGUUUAGUUCAUACUUGCAUAAUCUGAGCAGAAUUACUGUCUUACCUCAAUUAGCCACGAAAUCCCUACAUUUUCCCCCACAUGGGCCAACCCCCUAGAAAUUCGAGUUUUAGCCAAUGAGCUUCAGCCUCCUGCUAUUUGAGUGACAGCUAGCAAGAUGCACACACAGUAGAGCGAGAGAGAGCAUAUCUGCAAUUUUCGACCACUUUUGGCUCAUGAGAAAUACUUUCAGAACUACUGGCUAAAAAGUAUACAAAAGUACCUGAGAAUCUCUUUAACCCACCCCCCAUCUAGCUGGUCAUGACUAGUCUCAUAAGCUCUGGUCAGCAGAGCAGAAUAAGUUAAUUAUUUACCACACACACAGAGACACACAGCUGUUGGCUGUGCAGGCCAGGGGUGGUGGGUGGGGGUUGGUGUGUGCUUGUGAGUGCUGUGUGCCAAUUGUCCUUGCUGCCAGUGUGGAUCUGUAUAGGGUGUGAUGGGGGCCUUGCUGUUGUCUUGCCUUUCUCUUCUGAUUUAUAUGCCUCUUUUAUCAUUCACUUUCCCACAAAGCCAACAACACCAAGGACGUCUGCUAUGAGAACUAGUCUCUCUCUCUCUCAUUUAUCCUCUCUCUUGCCUGCUCCUUCUCUCACUCCAUUUUCCCUCUUUAUGUUUCUCUAUCCUUGGUCCUCUGGCCUAUUUUCUCCUGCCUGUUGCUUUUCCCUUUUCCCUUCCUCACUUCUCUUUACACCUGUUCUUCCCUCCAUAAACCUGUUUCUCUACCCCCCCCCCCCUCCUCUCUCCCUCUCUACCCCCUGUUUUAUGUAAAAUUCUAACUUUCUUUUGUUAUCCUCACGUAUAAUAUACACAACUACAGGAACAUUUGUUUAUGUGACGUUUUGAACCAGGGCGUAUCAUUUGUCGUUCCCCAUCUAGUGAGCAACAGGUCCUAGAGUGUAUUGUUAGACAGAAUUUUCCCCCGUGCACUGAUUUUGAUUUCCCUUUGAGUUGAUCCCCCUCCACUUCCUCUCUGGGCUGGACUGACAAAGUCAUGUGUGUGUAAUCCUGGUCUCACUGUCAGGCUAAGCACCUCUCUCCACUUCCUGCUCACUCUCUUCUCUCACUCCUUUUCAUUUGCAAAUGGGCCUACAAUCUGUUUGCUCUGGCCAGGUAUGGAAGAGUGCCUCGGCUCCUGGGCAAACAUUUACCCUCACACUUAAGGCCUCCAGUCCCAGGCACCUUACUUCUCACGUCAUGUGACUUUAAAGAAGGCCCCACCAGACUACAGCAGCAUGGAAGUGUAUGUUGCACUGGGGGUAACUGUUGGCGUGGAACUACCCUGCUAGUGUCAUGUUUUUCUUCGGUUAUUGGUGUUUUUAGCAUUCUUCACCAGAAGCAGUAAACGGAGGCAAAAAUCAAAUCAAUUGAAAACGCUUCAGAGACGUGCAUAGAAACUCUUGAAAUUGACUUAAAGUGUAUAAAGAUCGCAAGCUCACUUCACUCACGCACAGCUGUAGCAUAUCUCAUUGAUUACAGUGGGUACUUUUCAUCCACGCAUAAAGAAUGCUUACGCUAAAUAUCCAGUAUAAUCUGUACCUGCACUUGGGCCUCUAACUCUGUCUCCCUCUCUGUGGUUUGUGACAGGUGUGUGUGGCCUGAUCGUUCCUCAGGAGGACAUGCCCUUCUGUGACUCGGGUAUCUGCCCUGACAUCAUCAUGAACCCGCACGGCUACCCCUCCAGAAUGACGGUACGGUACCACCACACAGUUCAACAUCACCUAUUCUUUGCUUUGGGGGGUACAAGGACCCACUCAUGGGAACUGAAUGUGAGAGAUCAGACUUUGUUUGGUUAUCAAAAUAUUCCAAGUUUCACGUGGCUUUUAACUUGUGGGGAAAAUGAAUUAUAUUUUGUUUUGUUAAGAGUUUAUAGUUUGAAACCUAGGCCCCAAAGCCUUCGAUAGCUCUCACUCACUUUCUACACUUAUUUUCUUUCUGAUGUCCAACACAAGCAGAAGCCCAACAGAAGCUGUUGUGUUGACUCUCAAUCUUCACAGGUUUCAAUUGGCCCUUUAGAGACAAAGUGCUCAUUAUCCCCCGUACUCUAUUGGCUGGGUUAUCAUUGGCCUCCAGAACACACGUCCCCAUAGGCUGGGUUAUCAUGGGCCUCCAGAACACACGUCCUUUGGCUGGGUUAUCAUGGGCCUCCAGAACACACGUCCUUUGGCUGGGUUAUCAUGGGCCUCCAGAACACACGUCCUUUGGCUGGGUUAUCAUGGGCCUCCAGAACACACGUCCAUAGGCUGGGUCAUCAUGGGCCUCCAGAACACACAUCCAUUGGCUGGAUUAUCAUGGGCCUCCAGAACACACGUCCAUAGGUUGGGUUAUCAUGGGCCUCCAGAACACACAUCCAUUGGCUGGAUUAUCAUGGGCCUCCAGAACACACGUCCAUUGGCUGGGUUAUCAUGGGCCUCCAGAACACACGUCCAUUGACGACACUAAGCAGGCAAUCUUACUGUUCACUAACAGAUAUCGGUUGCUGUGGAAACCGCUGUUAGGGAAGUUUGGUAGCUACUGGUAUUCAGUUUUUUUUUUUUAACAAUGGACCUAAAAGGCUGAAUGACACCUGAUGAAAUCUUUGCAACAUAUGACAAAGUUAUUUAUUUCAUAUAAAAGUGUGGACUGUGUAGCAGCAUUACACAGUCCAGGGGGGGGAACUACACAUUCCUGGUGUAGUAUUCAGAAUUAUUUCAUUUAUUUCUGAACAGACGCAGUAAUUCUAUAACUUUGGCUAAUGUAUUGAAAUUUAUCAGGUGUGCUGCGGCACCGCCAGCACCCUUCCCGCGGCUAUGAUUCUUUAAGGAAAUAAAUGAAGUGCAUCGCUGGAGAGAUGAGUUGCAGGCUCAUGUCUAUCAGAGCGAGAUCAUAGAACGUGAAUCUCAUUCUAGUUCUGUGAGAGAUACGGGUGCGCUUCUCUCUCACCACAGCAAUGGCCACGCAUUGGUCUAUAUAGGCUACACUGUUAAUCAAACCAUAAGCUAAACCCGGGCCGGCCCAACACAAAUCAAUUCUUGCAAUAUCAGGCACGUUUUCACAUUAUGUUUCUUAGAGGGCAGGAGAAUUACAGAGUCAACUUGAAUUAAGCACUUCUACUGCCUCUGUUUUAUAUAUAGUUUAAUUUUCCUUGUUGACAGUGGUCUCUUAUCAUUGGCUAGCAUUGUCAUGGACAGGACACAUCAAUGGUUGGCUGGAGAGAAUGAUCAUGUGUGCUAAAGUUAAGAGGUCAGGGGGUCCUUCUGCCUGUGACCUUAGUGGUAGCUUCUGCACAACCCACAACCGCCACACUCCUGCUGGGUUUCUGUUUCCCUCUGGCACUUAAUUGAUCAAUCAAUGUUAUUGAUUAGCUAGAGAAUGCACACACUGGUUAGCCAGUUCUAAAUUAAUCUCAUUAAAAUAGGACAUAAACCACUGAACCAGUAAAACUGUGUACUGUUAACGUUAAAUGCUCUAGAACACGAGUUAUUGCUCUUUCAUCUAAUCUUAAACAUAGUUUCGUUCAUUAUCAUCCCGUAUGUACUGUCUUGAAAUGAUUGUGAUGAGACAAGUUGUAUUCAUUAGGGCACACUGUAGCAAAAUGUUUAGAAAAUUAGUAUUUCUUAUUGGACAAGUUCAGGUAGUCCCUCCCUAUUUCAGUCAGUUUUUUGCCCCGUUUGGUGCCUAAUGAAAGGACCCUGUCUCCUCCACCAGGUGGGGAAGCUGAUUGAGCUGCUGGCUGGUAAAGCGGGGGUGAUGGACGGGAGGUUCCACUAUGGCACGGCCUUCGGGGGCAGCAAGGUAAAGGACGUGUGCGAGGACCUGAUCCGCUAUGGGUACAACUACCAGGGCAAGGACUACGUCACCUCGGGCAUCACCGGGUAAACACACAGACCUAUUUUGAGUAGGAGACAUGGAAUGGAUGAGUGUUGUAUGUUAGCCUGGUUAAAUCGGACUGUUUGAUACGAGAAGUGAAACAGUGGUGAAUGCAUUGUUCAGUCUGGUUUAACCAGGAUAGUUGUAUUUAUGAAUGUAUACAUCAUGUAUGAGCAUUACAGCAUGGCUACGAACAUGACUUCUGUAUACACUGUUUUAACAGUAUUAUACACGUUAUUAGGCACACCACCCCGUUCAUGAAAAUGGUUCGCGCCUACAGACCGUGAGUCACGUGGCCGUGGCUUGCUAUAUAAAGCAGGCAGACAGGCAUCAAGGCAUUCAUUUACUGUUCGAUUGAAUGUUAGAAUGGGCAGUGCCAGGCGCGCCAGAUCCAGUAUCUCAGAAACUGCCGCCCUCCUGGGCUUCACGCACGACAGUGUCUAGGGUUUACCGACAAUGGUGCGUCAAACAAAAUACAUCCAAUCAGCAGCAGUCCUGUGCAAGCUAACAGGCGGGCCACAAACGGGCAAAUACAGUGGUGUGCAGAACGUAAUCUCAGAACGCACAACUCGUCGGUCCUUUUCAUGGAUGGGCUAUUGCAGCAGAUGACCAAACCGGGUUCCACUUCUAUCAGCUAAAAACAAGAAGACACGGCUCCAAUGGGCACGCGAUCACCAACACUGGACAAUUGAGGAGUGGAAAAACAUUGCCUGGUCUGACAAAUGCCGGUUCCUCUUGAGUCAUGCUGAUGGCAGAGUCAAGAUUUGGCGUAAGCAGCUUGAGUCUAUGGCCCCAUCUUGCCUGGUGUCAACGGUACAGGCUGGUGGUGUAAUGGUGUGGGGAAUGUUUUACUGGCACAAGUUAGGUCCCUUGAUACCAAUUGAGCAAUGUUUCCAUGCCCCAAAGAAUUCUGGCUGUUCUGGAGGCAAAGGGGGGUCCGACCCGGUACUAGAUGGUGAAUCUAAUAAACUGGCCACUGAGUGUCUGCUAUUAUAGGCAUUCUCUAGCUCAGUGUUUCUCAAUCCUGGUCCUGGGGACCCAAACAGGUGCACAUUUUAGUUUUUUCCCUAGCACUAACACAGUUGAUUCAACUAAUCAACUCAUCAGGCCUUUGAUUUGAAUCCGGUGUCUUGAGUGCUAGGGCAAAAACUAAAAUGUGCACCCAUUUGGGUCCCCAGGACCAGUAUUGAGAAACACUGCUCUAGCUGUAAAGCCCCAGAAUUUGAUGAUGGGUUGUGUUCUCUCCCUCAGAGAGCCAAUUGAGGCCUACAUCUACUUUGGACCAGUGUAUUAUCAGAAGCUAAAGCACAUGGUGCUGGACAAGAUGCACGCCAGAGCCCGCGGCCCCAGAGCUGUGCUCACCAGGUAAGAUAAAUCCAGAAACUUUAAAUGCAGACAGAGAAAUAUACAGAGUUUGGCUAACUUUUACACAGGACGCCAUUUUAACACCUUUUCUUAAAUGGUUGGUGAUGUAAUAAUACCAUAGCCCCAAAAAGUUUUACUUGGCUGUGUUUGCAUGAUACCUCCCCAUCUAAUAUUACAGUAUUGUACUCUAUUGGGCAGUGGUGUAAAGUACUUAAGUAAAAAUACUUUAAAGUACUACUUAAGUAGUUUUGGGGGGUAUCUGUACUUCACUACAUUCCUAAAGAAAAUAAUGUACUUUUUACUCCAUACAUUUGGAGUACCUCAAAGUACUCGUUACAUUUUGACAGGAAAAUGGUCCAAUUCACACACUUAUCAAGAGAACAUCCCUGGUCAUCCCUACUGCCUCUAAUCUGGCGGACUCACUAAACACAAAUGUUUCGUUUGUAAAUUAUGUCUGAGUGUGCCCCUGGCUAUCAGUCAAAUAAAAACAAAUUAAGAAAAUUGUGCCGUCUUGUUUUGCUUAAUACAAGGAAUUUGAAAUGAAUUCUACUUUUACUUUUGAUACUUAUGUACAUUUUAGCAAUUCCAUUUGCUUUUGAUACUUAAGUAUAUUUAAAACCAAAUACUUUUAGACUUAUACUCAAGUAGUAUUUUACUGGGUGACUUUCACUUUUACUUGAGUCAUUUUCUAUUAAGGUAUCAUUACUUUUACUCAAGUAUGAAAAUGGAGUACUUUUUCCACUGCUAUUGGGUCAUAUUGAAACUUCAAAAUAAUAUUUGUUGACUAAGUACAGAAAGUAGUCCUUGAGCCAUACUUUACCUGAUUUCCCCCCCCCCAUCUUACCUGCCUGUGUCUCAUGCUGCUGUUCACCCCAGACAGCCCACGGAGGGGCGCUCUAGAGACGGAGGCCUACGUCUGGGGGAGAUGGAGCGUGACUGUCUGAUUGGCUACGGGGCCAGCAUGUUGCUGCUGGAGCGCCUCAUGAUCUCCAGCGACGCCUUCGAGGUGGACGUGUGCGGUCAGUGUGGCCUGCUGGGAUACUCCGGGUGGUGAGUGUUCUUUUUGGUCCUUCUGUGAUACCUUAUAAUAGUAGUCAGAAUCGACGUUGAUACCAAGGAUUUGUUUCCUUGUAUUGUAGCUGCAGAUUUAACUGCUUACAACCAAUCAAGUAUUUGAUGUGUGUGUCUCCAGGUGCCACUACUGUAAGUCCUCCUGUCACGUGUCCUCGUUGCGGAUACCCUACGCCUGCAAACUGCUCUUCCAGGAGCUGCAGUCCAUGAACAUCAUCCCCCGCCUCAAACUAGCACGCUACAACGAGUAA